AUGCCAUCACCUUACCAUGAUGCAUUUGGAGUGUACUGCGACAUGAAAACGCAUCGAGGAGGUUGGACAUUGGUCUAUAGUUACACCUUCACCAAUUUCAACGACUUUUACUCCAAAACAAACGCGGUCACCCCCCGUCCAAGCUGGCCUGUCCGCGAGGCGAAUGUCCCUGUGUCCACCACACCUCCGCUGGAUGAAUGGUCUGCGGGCGCAGUUGAUUUUAACUUGUGGCGAGAGAUUGGGCACGAGUUCAUGGUGAAGUCAAAUAUCAAUGACUGGAUUGUCUGUAAACCAAAUGGAGGUAAGUUAUCAUUCUUCCUUUGCAAGACUUUCCCAACGGCGACAAGUUUAUCAAUUAUUUGCGAGGCAACUUAGAAGAACAUUUCAAACUUCCUCUGUUUAAAGGAUUAUCCUUAGUGAAAUUAUAAAUACUAACUUUUUCCUUACAGAAUAACUCUAUCAAUCUAUGAAUUAGAUUUAUCUUGUACUAAAAAAGUUGAUUUCGUCUUUGUAUUUUUCUCUGUAUAUAGGCAGUUUGGUUGUAAAACAUAAUGGCCUCAUUUAUUGUAAAGACUAACUUUUUUCGUACGAAAUAACUCUAUAUCAAUCUAUGAAUUAGAUUUAUCUUGUACUAAAAAAGUUGAUUUCGUCUUUGUAUUUUUCUCUGUAUAUAGGCAGUUUGGUUGUAAAACAUAAUGGCCUCAUUUAUUGUAAAGACUAACUUUUUUCGUACGAAAUAACUCUAUAUCAAUCUAUGAAUUAGAUUUAUCUUGUACUAAAAAAGUUGAUUUCGUCUUUGUAUUUUUCUCUGUAUAUAGGCAGUUUGGUUGUAAAACAUAAUGGCCUCAUUUAUUGUAAAGACUAACUUUUUUCGUACGAAAUAACUCUAUAUCAAUCUAUGAAUUAGAUUUAUCUUGUACUAAAAAAGUUGAUUUCGUCUUUGUAUUUUUCUCUGUAUAUAGGCAGUUUGGUUGUAAAACAUAAUGGCCUCAUUUAUUGUAAAGACUAACUUUUUUCGUACGAAAUAACUCUAUAUCAAUCUAUGAAUUAGAUUUAUCUUGUACUAAAAAAGUUGAUUUCGUCUUUGUAUUUUUCUCUGUAUAUAGGCAGUUUGGUUGUAAAACAUAAUGGCCUCAUUUAUUGUAAAGACUAACUUUUUUCGUACGAAAUAACUCUAUAUCAAUCUAUGAAUUAGAUUUAUCUUGUACUAAAAAAGUUGAUUUCGUCUUUGUAUUUUUCUCUGUAUAUAGGCAGUUUGGUUGUAAAACAUAAUGGCCUCAUUUAUUGUAAAGACUAACUUUUUUCGUACGAAAUAACUCUAUAUCAAUCUAUGAAUUAGAUUUAUCUUGUACUAAAAAAGUUGAUUUCGUCUUUGUAUUUUUCUCUGUAUAUAGGCAGUUUGGUUGUAAAACAUAAUGGCCUCAUUUACUGUAAAGACUAACUUUUUUCGUACGAAAUAACUCUAUAUCAAUCUAUGAAUUAGCUUUAUCUUGUACAAAAAGAUGAUUUUGUUUUUCUAUUUUCCUGUGCAUCUAUAGGCAGUUUGGUUGGAAAACGUAAUGGCCUCAUUGAUUGUAAAAACAUUAAAAACGUCGCUCCCAAGUGCGCAGGAUUAGCACCAAACAAAAUAGCUUGGCACAAGUAUGGUCCAUUCCUGUCAGCCUCAUCGGUGUUCUACGACUUCGAGCACAAUACUGAGCACGAUUGGCCAGCCCAUGACCCGUGUGGAAAACGCAAGGCAGACCACAAGAAAGGCGUAGUGAAUCCAGGCGGAGCAAUUUUCCUUCGCUAA